AUGCGCGCCGUGGAGGACGACGGCACGCUGCCGCAGUACUCGCAGGACGAGCUGCGGCGGGCGACGUGCGACUGGCGCACCAAGCUGGGGGAAGGCGGCUUUGGCGCCGUCUACAAGGGCAUGCUGCUGCUGCCAAGCGGGGGAGCGCGCGGGGGAGGGUACGGGGGAGGGGACGGGGGAAGGGAUCAUGGGGGGGACGGGGGAGGGUGGGACGAACGGGACCAUGAGGAAGAGGUGCAAGGGGGGAUGGGGCCCGGGAUCAAUGAUGAUUUGGAAGUGGUGCAAGUGGGUGGGAAGGAGUUUGUUCCUGUGGCGGUGAAGAUGUGCUUGACUGACAAUGCGGAGGGAGGGGCGAGAGAGCAGCUACUGGUGAACAGAGAUACUGUAAUGACUGCGCUGCACCAUCCCAACAUUCUGCGCCUGCUGGGAGUGGCCAAGAUGGGGCGAACCAUCAGACGCCCCCCCCCCCAAGACCCCCCUGCACCCACCCUUCUCAAUGGGGAGAGACCCGAAGGCAGAACUCAUUGUCGUGAUGCUCCCCCCCUCUCCUCCCCUCUGCCAUCCUCCCCUUCUCCUCCACUCCGCCAUUUCCACCCGGUUUCUCCUCCCUCUCCACUCCCCCAUCAGACGGAGGUCAUGAUGAUGACAGCGGUGCACCAUCCCAACAUUCUGCGCCUGCUGGGAGUGGCCGUGAUGGGCCAAACCCUUGCCAUGGUCUCUGAGUUCGUCCCGGGGGGGGAUGUUUCCCAGCGGUUAAAGAAAGGUACAGGAGGGUGGAAUGCGGUGGAAUGUGGUGGGCAUGUGCGCACAUGA